AAAGCCAAAAGAAGAAGUUGUGAAACGGUUUUAUAGAGAUGGACUCAAACCGGUGAUGUUGUGAUCUUUUCUUUGGUUGUGUUGUGUCUCAGUGAGAGUCGCCAUUAUCAGUGAACUGUCAGCUAUUUCAGGGAGUCGAGAGGAGGAAUUUAAUCUGAUCCGGCCUGAAGAAAUGAGCUCGGUCAGACAGGAAGGUAAAGACACAAUCAUCUUUGUCACCAAAGAGGAUCAUGCCACACCCAGCAAUGCUGAGCUUGUGGAGGAAGACCCUAAUGACCCAUACGAGGAGCAAGGUUUAAUUCUUGCCAGUGGGGAGAUUAAUUGGAACUGCCCCUGCCUGGGUGGGAUGGCAAGUGGUCCCUGUGGGACUGAAUUUAAAGAUGCCUUCUCCUGUUUCCACUACAGUAAGGAGGAGGUGAAGGGUUCUGACUGCCUGGAGCAGUUCAGGGCUAUGCAGGAUUGUAUGCAGCAUUAUCCAGAGCUCUACCCACAAGAAGAUGAAAAAUCACCCAGCAAGACCUCAAAAGACUCUGAAACUGCAGAUGCGCUGAAUGAAAACUCAUCAUCUGCUCCUGAGCAGGACUCUGAUCCCAAACAAGCCGGCACAGAGAGCUCAGGGGAAAGCUAAUGAUGAGCCCCGGCAGCAACAGCGAGACUCACUAUUCACAUAUGAAGUGACUAAUCAUCCUUUUGUUGAACAAAAAUAAUGCAGAUAUAUUUUUUCAUUAUUUGUUUUUUUUUUUGUUUUUUUUUUUACUGUUGAUAGGAAUUUUUUAAUAGCCCAUUUAGAAAAUAUCGAAAUGCUUGUUUUGCAGAAGGGGGUGUGUGGAAGCUGGAAGGCUGAAUGACGGAGGAAAUAGGCAGCACAGAUUAUUGAUAUUGUUUUAUUAGCAUUUGUGUUGAAGGAUGUAUGACUUAAUUUAAAGUCAUUUGAUUGGCUGGAUAGAAACGGAGACUAUCUUGAAAAAAAUAAGAUAAAGUAUGGUAGAUAAAAGCAUUUAGUUUACUUUCAUUUGCAAACAUUGUAAGCAAAAAGAUGUCAUAGACAACAGAAAGAAAAGACCCAUAAAGUUAUUCAAUCCUGCUCAUCCAAAAUGGUUGUAAAUAAGCUUCAAUAAAGUGCUUAUUGGACCAAGCUUACUGCAACCACUGAGCUGCAUUGUGUGUAUAUUUUUUUUUGUGUGUGUCUCAGGAUGAACAUUUGUCUGCUCUGAUUAACCAUCAUUCACAGGGCCAGAGACUGUAAGAUUACUGUGUCUUUCAUAUAUAUAUAUAUAUAUUUUUUUUUUAUUUCUCUUCCCUCAUGUUGAUUUUAUUUUCUGCAAUUUACACAAAUGUUAUCCAUAUCAAACUAGUCUCAAGUUUUAGUAAUAUCACUGAAAAAGUUGCCAGCUUCACAGAGCUGUGAAGAAUGAACUGAAGGAAAUUAUUGCACGGGUUUUUUUAUUUGUUUGUUUUGAGCUCUUUGCUUGUGUUUCCACUGUUGCCUUCUGUCCAGUUAGACUGCAUCUCAUCUGCUAAUUUAUAACCAAUCCUGAAAGAUUUACCUCAUCUAAACUGAAAUGAACCAUAUGUGUGUGUUGCACAGGACUGACCUGACUUGACUUGGAUAUUGU